AGACCUUAAGUAUCAAAUAAUCAAUUUUAGAGGCUAAAGAUCCGGUAUCUGAGGAAUCGAUAUUUCAGUAUCGUUCCGCACAUCACUAAAGAAGGCGGAAGUUAAGAACGCAGAAGGCACGAGGCAAAUGGCGAAUGCGGCAAAGUGUAACAGAGUGGAUUCAAACCAUCGAAAGAGUUGAUAAAGAAGAGACACAUUGCCGCUACUGACGACAUUUGUAAGGUGUCUGAAAGAACGAUGGCGUCGGGUGAAGAACUUUCUCGAACAAGAGAGGAGAAGGAGCGGCAACAACUGGAGGCUUGCACGUCCGACAUGGUGCCACACAUUCGAGACCUCCAACAGCUAACUGGUCAUCAAGAAGAACCUCCUCCUCAGCCACAUGGAGGGAGCUUCAUUUUAAAGCACCCCGCCCACAUUAAAGAAGAAGAAGAAGAGCCACAGGCCCUAUACAUUAAAGUGGAAAAGGGGGAGCCAGAGGCCCUCCACGUUAAAGAGGAAGAGGAAGAACUCUGGAUCACUCAGGAGGAAGAGCGUCUUCUUGGACAAGAGGAGGCUGAUCUCACCAAGUUGCCGCUCACUAUUGUCUCUGUGAAGACUGAAGAUCAUGAAGACAAAACACCUGAGUCCUCACAGCUUCAUCACAGUCCAAACGAGAAGGAGAAGAGAGAGGCGGAGCCUCCGAGCAGCAGCUCAACUCAACACAUGACAACAGAAGCGGAUGGAGACCACUGUGGAGGAUCACAAGCAGACAACCUCUUAACUCCACUAUCAGAUAGUGACGACACAACGUCACACUCUCCUGACACUGAUGAUGAAGACUCUAAAGCUGAUAUGACAUGUCACACUGACAACACACACUUUAAAUGCUCUCAUUGUGACAAAACCUUUAAUGAUCGUAGUAAUAUGAAAAGACACAUGAGACUGCACACAGGAGAAAAACCAUUCAAGUGCUCAGUUUGUGAUAAAAGAUUCUCCCUAAAGACCAAUUGGAAAUUACACAUGACAAUACACACUGGAGAUAAGCCCUUUUCCUGUUCAGUGUGUGGUAAAGGUUUUGUACGAAAACAAAAUUUGACAAUACACACAAGAAUACACACUGGAGAGAAACCCUUUUCCUGUUCAGUGUGCGGUAGAAGUUUUGUACAAAUUCAAUGUUUGAAAACGCACAUGACAGUACACACUGGAGAAAAACCAUAUUCCUGUUCAAUCUGCAACAAAAGCUUUUGUGACCGAACAAACCUUGUAGUACACAUGAGAAGACACACUGGUGAGAAAGUGUUGAGUUGCAGUGUGUGUGGUGAAAGAUUCUCUUAUAAGUACCAGCUUAACAAACACAAGUGUGCUGGUGAGAACAGCAGCAGUAAAUGAAGCUCCAUGACUGGAAAUAAACUGUCAGUACUUUGAUAUUUAAAUGUAAUAACAAAUGGGGAAAGACAAGGUUUUAUUUGUUUUAUUUGAUUAAAUUACAAACUUGAGUCAUGAAGAGCGGCUGAAAAGCCGUUCUGUUGUUAGCUGUUAGCCCGGUUAGCAAGGCAGUCUGUUAGCGUUUAGCAUAUAUUUCCUCUCAGCUGGUUUGUUUUUCUCUUCUUGUCCACUUUCCUCUUUCAGUCUACCACAGCUUUUAGUUUACAGUGGAUAGAUUUCGUCCAUUGUUGAUUUGUGUUCACACCAACUCCUAUUUCACCACACACUUUGUCGGUCAAGGGUGUAAUGAUACCUCCACACCUAAGGGAGACAGCAAUGCACUACAAUGUACUCGCUGUGUAUUACCUGCAGUACUGAGGUUGUGUAAUAUUUAUGAAUUAUAUUUCUUUCAGUUGCUUUAGUAAAAUGGCGUCCCUUAAAGCAGGCAAGGGACAUUAGAUGCCUGCGGAAUUAGGAAGAGGGGCAAUGAUGUGCACACCAGUGGAGGUUUUAUACAUUUUUAUUCAUCAAUAACAGUUUCUCAACAUUUUUUGGCGAUUCGUUUUUUUACACAAAUCAUCCAGCUCUUGUUUUCCGGUGGCUGAUUAAAAGAGAAUAAAUGUCACCUGUCUUUAUUUACACAAUAAA